AAUACAGACAAACCAGCCCAGGAUUGACUUUCCGAGGAACAGCAACAACAACGCCCACCAUCAGACAGACAAUCCAGUUCCGUCCAAUCCCCGACCUUCGGAGAUUCAUCGCGAAUUUCGGACACAGUCCCACCACUUCCCGGACGGAUCCGUCGUCGAUAACGACCAACACGAUCCCCGCGGCGAAAGGGAAGAUGGUGUUCAACGGCGUGAUGAUACUGAGGGUCGCCCACGAGUCCGCCCGCGCGUGGCAGAGCGCGGUCUGCAUUCCGGUCGUGGAGCGGGUGGGCAGCGACCAGCUGCUGGAUCUCGUGUGCUGCUUCCCUCUCCGGCAACUGGGUCGCCUCGCGCUCUUCGUGUGGACCUUCCUCUGCGUGCCCCCGCCCGACUCCAACUACUACUCCUACGUCUCCGACGGCGGCUCCGACGGCGACGACGACGACGACGACGGCGACGACAGCAGCGAUGCCGCCGUCGAUUACGAUGGCUUCCACUACGACUCGCAUUCCGAUUGAUCGACUCGGGCGCACUACCUGUACAGUAACUUUCUCACCGUCCGACCCGUGUUCUUUUUCGUUUCGUGUCUCUUUUUGGUUAUACAGAUAGUUUCUGCGUUUUCUUUUUCGUUCUUUUUGUAAAGUUGGUUUUUUUUUUUUUUUGCGGGGUUCCGAUGGAGAUUUAAUUGUAUUUAUUAUGUUUUAUUAAUAGAAAUCGUAUCUGGGUUUUCAUC